AUGGAAGUAAAAAAAGUCUCUCUUAAUAUUCCAUCAUCACAAAACCUUCAUUUCACUGAAGAAUAUAUUAUAAAUCAAUUAACACAUGAUGAUGAUGAUGAUGAGCAAGGAAGGAGAUUAGUGGAGGAAUUAGAGAAAAUAACUCGAUACAAAUUCAAGAAUCCAAACUUGUUACGUGAAGCUUUUACUCACUCUUCCUUCCAAGAAAAUUGUAAAUCAUAUGAAAGAUUGGAGUUGUUAGGUGAUUCUAUUCUGAAUAUGUUAAUAACAAAGGAGCAAUUUAUUGAUUACCCUGAUUUGUCUCCUGGGAAGCUAACAAAGUUGAGAGCAGCAAAUGUAGAUAAUGAGAAACUUGCUAGAGUCGCCAUCAAAUAUAAUUUACAUAAUUAUUUACGUCACAAGAAGCCUUUACUUAAAGGACAAGUAGAAGAAUUCAGAGAAGCUAUUUUGGAAUAUCCAUUGCAUUCAUUAGGUCUCAUUGAUCCUCCAAAGGUUCUUGCAGAUAUAGUUGAAUCUUUGAUUGGUGCCAUCACUCUUGACUCCAACUGCAUGGAUACAACUAGGCAGGUGGUAAAAAAUUUGUUGCAACCUCUAAUUACUCCAGAAAAAUUAGAGGCUAAUCCAGUUACAAAACUUUAUGAGUUAUGUCAGAAGAACGGACUGAAGACAAAAUUUGUUGAUCAAUGGGAGAAAACAGGAGAGGUUGAAGUUUUCGUCGAUGGGAAAUUUGUAGGGAAAGGAAAAUCAUGUGGAAAAAAAAUAACUGCAAAAAAUAGGGCUGCACACAAUGCGUAUUACCAAGUUAUCCAGAAUUUGAGUGUGAAAACCACUAUUGUUGAUGAUCAACUUUGUGAUGAAACGCAAAGCUGA